GGUGGAGCUGGAUGUGAGGGACAGUGAGUGAGAGAGCGCGACAGAGUUAGGAAGAGAGAGAGAGAGAGAGAGAGAGCGAGGGAGAGAGAGAGAUGGAGAGAGAGGGAUAGGGGGAGGUGCAUUGGGACUCAAGGUUUCUGGGGAUACAGAAAACACUUAAAGAGCGAAAGCCAGAGAGUAAGAGAAAGAUAGAGGGAGCAAGUGGAAUUGUAAUACCCAGGACCACAAGAUAAUGAGCUAAGAUUCCCAGGGAGAUUACACACUACAGCAUCCAGAGAGCCAAGAUGAUAACCGUCAGGGACUCGGUGUGGUUCCUUCUCCUCGCUUUCCUCGCCCUCCUUGGCAGCUGGCCUUGUGUCGCCAUACCAACCCAGGAGUCGGGGACAAACAACAUGCCGUCUGAGCUCCUGAAAUCGGACGACUACUACAGUUACUUCGAAGACCCCCCCUUAGAGACCAAGCCCGGUCCCAAGAACGAAAGCGCCCAGCAGCCCUGUGACUACGACGUUUGCCUCGAACAGAAGGAGCCGUGUUUGGCCCGCAAAGACUGCCUAUGUCGGGGCAUCACCUUGGAGGACGUGGCCCCGGAGGCCCCUACCGUGACGUCGUUGACCCCGGGGGGCUCCGAAGGGGUGACGGUCCGCUGGUGUGCGCCGUACUCCCUGGUCACCACCUACACCAUCAAGGGGGCGGAGCAGGAGCCCGUCAGGGUCGGCAGCCACCUUCGGAGCAGCAAACUGAAGGGACUGAACGACGGAGACAAAGUCUGCGUUCUUGCGGAAAACGCGGCGGGCGAGGGCCCAGAGUCCUGUAUGAUGUACCUGGCGGAGAAGGACAACGCUUAUCUGACCGCAGGCCUCAUCGGCGGAGCUCUGGGGCUGGGCCUGCUGGCGGUGCUGGCGGUCCUGCUGUGGAAAUACACCCAGAGACGGAAGUCAGGGGCACGGCUCUCAACACAGGACAGGGAUGACUCACACCAAGGCCUAUCCGACAGCAACAGAGUGAGCCUGGAUGUUCUCUGAGGAGAGGACAUGCUGGUUCCUGCUGUCUUUCGUGUGGUUACAGUUCGUACAAAGUUAUGUCUAAAACAAAAGUGGACUUCUUCUCUCGGAUUAGCCACUUCAACUGAAGUGACAGCAAUGGAUUGUGUCACAGUGUGGAGGGGCAUUUGAGUCACGCAGCUGAAUCAUCCUGACAAGGAAGUUUACGAAACGCAGGUGCGAGGGAGCUUUCGCAACGAUUUAACAUUUAAGAGGGUAAACAUCAGAAAUGAAAAUAAUGGUAUUAUCAUUCUACCAAUUUGCAGUUUUAUAACCAUUAACGUGUUUAUUUAAAUAAUAAAAAAUCUUAAAUCUUAUUUAAAUAAUUUAAUAAUCUUCCUUUUUUUACAUUUAUAUUUAAUAAGAAGGACUUAAGUGUAUAUAAAAAGGUAUUUUUCAUAUUGUUUUCUAAACAUAACAGAUUAUUUAACAUUUCCAUUGUUUUGUGUAUGUAUUGGAAUUUAGCUUGGCGCUUUCCUCUCUUUUUCUAAUUGUGUGAUGACUGAAAGGUUGGCUAUUCUGCCUAUGAAAUAAAUCAAAUGCUUUGUCA